AAAAAGCGGCAUCAGACACCAGAAAGUUUCUACACCGCAAGCAAACAUACACAAACAGCAGAGGCUGACAUCGCUGGGACACGAUGUGAGCAGUUUUCCGGGAAUUCCUUUCAGAAAUUUCCUCAACAGCAGCGGGGCAGUUCAGACACUGAAACUUGUAGUACAGAGGUAGAAUGCAGAGUGACCAACGGAAUCAUUUCCUUUGCUACCCUCAGCUGAGGUUUGCAGUAGUUGUUUUCAUCGGCGCGUAGAGACGAGCUUGUUCCUUAUCCGACCGUGCACGGGAGCUGUGUGUCAUUGGCUGAUGCGGUAGGCGAAGCGGAGUCGCCAUUUCCCUCUGUGUGUCCAACAGUCCUGCUGUGCAUCACUGGCUGAGCACAAUGAGUGAGGAAGAAGGAGGCUCUGACAUGGCCAGCCGAUCGAGCCAAAUUCCUAGCCCGGUGCCUCCACAGGAUGAUCCACUGAAGACACAUCGUGUUAAUGACGAUACCACCGUCUUCAUUUUCCAUGGCAAUUUUUGUUCGCCUUGGGGAGAUGACGAGCACUGGCCUCAACUGACUGCGAGGAUAGACAAGGCUGCUGAGGCUAUUGGCAAAGCCACUGAUUGGGCGGAAAGAGUGGAUGGCAAUACUUCUCCUGGUGAAAUUGAACGGAUAUGUCAUAGCAUCACGCAAAAUGCUUCGGGCCAGCCCAAGGAAGAGUGCAAGAAUGUGUUCAUUGUCCUGAGCUUUGACAGCACAUUCCUCGAUGAGCCUCCAGGACAGGAAGCCAUGAAAGCAGCGUUUCAGAAGCUGGAAGAUGCCCAUGGGGGCGAACAUGUGCUCGUUUUUCUCAGAGGCGAAGAGCAUAUAAAUAUGGGUGACGACACGGCGGCUGUCAGAAUGUCGAAGUACACAUUCAGUUUUCGGCCCAGUGACGAACAAGACAAAAGAAUCUUUGAACUUCUCGGUCUGAACCGAUGCGGUGCAGAUACCGGUGCCUCCUGCAAG